AUGAGUUCUGAAAAUGCUGUUUGUGAUUUAAUAGGUGAAUUAGAUGAUAGUGGCUGCGUACAAGAUGAUUCUAUACAGAAUGGCUGCCCUCAAACUAAUCUCAUGGAUAUGCCAGACGAUGUACUUUUCUACAUUCUCCAAUGCUGUACUGCUCGAGACUUAAAAGCACUUGGAUACUGUUGUCGAAGACUCUGCAGAUUAGUCCAAGAUAAAGCUCUGUGGCGUUAUGUGGAUGCGAGGCAGGAUAAAUGCAGUCGUGCUAGAUUGAAAUGGCUUAUAGAUAAUGUUCUCCAGGAAGACACGCAGGUUUUACUGCUGUCGGGAUAUGCAAGGGAUGGAGAGGGAUGCUUAGGAUUUAUGAAUGUUUUGCGGGAAGAGGGUGAGAGGGAGAAGGGUUCUCCUCAAGCUGGCGCAAGUUGGGAUCACGUGGAACACUUUGCUUUACAACUAACUCCAACAAGGACUGUCGCUGAAAGAAAAAUGUUCUCACCGCACGAUUACUGGUUCCGUCGAUGCAGUGGGCUGCCCACAUGGGGGGAUAACGAAGUGGGCAGAAGUGGUCCACAAGACUGUAUUGGACCACAGUUUUCCCUAUCUCAGGAUCUAUUGAAGGACCUGAGGACCAUGUGCCCUAGACUACAUACAUUGGCGUUGGAGUUCUGCAAUAUUGAUUGUAGGAAUACCAAUCUCAGUCAUUUUCCAAAAACUCUGAAGAAGUUGUCUUUGCGUGGCUCCAAAUGCUACAACAUGGUGAUGGAUAAAUCGUUUCUGUUCAGAAUCAAUUCACAUCUACCGGGAUUAGAGAGUCUAGACGUGUCCUCGUGCGAGUGGAUGGACCCGGCGACGCUGCUGCCGCUGAGCAAGCUGCCGGCGCUGCGGUGGCUGGCGGCGCGCCGCUGCCCCAAGAUGACCGAGUUCGUGGCGUACGCGUCGCUCACCGCCAGAUAUGGCUUCCGGACGCUCACGUCUCUAGAUCUAAGAGGGUCACCGGUCGGUGACUCAGAGAUAUCAGCCCUCGGAUGGUUGCCGAGUUUAGAAAAGCUAUGGUUGUCAGCAAGCAAGGUCCCCAAAAAUACACCACAGCCCCAUGCACAUUUCAUAGAUGACCCGGGAGUGACGCACAUACAGUUACACGAUUGGGAGAUACAGGAACCGCAUUUAUUCCCAGAGAAGCCAGAAAACCCAUACUACUAUUACGAUGAUGAUGCUAUGGAUGUUAAUGAAAAAGAACGUGAAGCUCUAAAACGGAAACCGGAAGAUGAAGACGAGAAUGAAAAAGAAAAUGGCGACGUGAAACAAUCUAAAAAACGCCGUAAAAGUCACGAUGUUGACAAUCAUAAACGUCACGAUGACUUGAGCUGUCAAAAGAGUAGAUUCUUUUUGCUAAACCUUCAUAAUGUAACUGAAGUAAAGAAAGAUGGCGAUGAUAUACAGGGUGAUGUUAAUGUUAACGUAAGUACUAGUAAAAGUGAUGAUAAUGAUGACGAAAAUGAUGAUAAAGAUGUAGCUAAUGAAUCAAGCAAUGAUGAGACUGAAGAAAUAGAAAAUAAUAAUGAAAAUAAUGAUGGAUCUCAGCAUUCUUCAAAUAGUAAUAGCAAUAAAAAUGAAAUUAAUGAUAAACAAGAGCCAAAUGAUGAGCAAAACGUAGAAAUUAAUGAUGGAAGAUCUCAAAAUUCUAUAGAUGAUAGUGAAAAUGAAAAUAUUCCAGUAAUUUUAGAAAAUGAAGACGCAUCAGAUAAUUUAAAAGAAGGUAUCGGAGAGAACGCGAAUUUUCCUAAUUUUAAAAUUGGGGAAAGUUCAAAAUGCGUAGACGGUGAUGGGGAAAGCGAUAAUUCAUCACAAGGUGAAACUGGCCAAUGCUCGUAUUCUAUAUUAAAAAGUAUAAGAGAUUCUUCAAAUAAUGAAAAUGGAGAAAGUUCAGGUGCAAAUAAAAAUGAAGAAAAUGGGCCAAGUUCCAAUUCUUCGAACGCCAGACCUAGAGAGGGCUACGACGUUAUAAAACUAGAUGGGGUUUUGAAUUUCGGACAAAUAAGAUGUGGUGAUCACGAUGAAGUAAUAGUAUUUGCGAGCGCUAAACGACCGACAGCUCAACCGCAAAAUGGCGACCAACCAAAUGGCGGACACGUCCGUUUCCGUCGAGGCGAGAAACCAGUAGUUAUAAACGACAACCAAGAAGACGGUGACAACCAAAAUGAAAAGCGUAACCUAAAACGUCCCCACGAUGUAAACCAAGGUGCGUCAACAUCGCGAGAACCAGAAACCAGUACACCGCAACCAAAAACCCAACGGGAAAAUGAAAAUCAAGAAAAUGAACAGCCAAUUGACUACAGGAUUGAACCACGCCAUCACGUGCUAUACGUGAAUGUUGGUCCUCAAAUGAAUACAUAUAGAUUCCCACGGGAAUUCUCAGCGCCUGAUAUGCCCGUGACUCUGGGAUUCAAUGCGCAAAGACGCCAUGUUGAAUCCAGUUCACUAGUAACCGAUUUUGCGAUUCGACGUUUUGGAAGAGCUGAUGGAGAAGAUGUUAAUAUAAUACAUAUAGGUCCCAACGGCCCAGUAGUGGUAGGACAGGACACAGGUUCGAGACCGGACAGGUCAAAUUUAAGAUUCUUAUCCGUUAACGGAUACAGAAACAUAACGGAUCGCAGUCUAGUCCAUCUAGCAACUGCUGCGCCGAAUUUAACCUAUAUCGAUUUUAGUGAAACCAAUAUAACGGAAACGGGUGCCGAAAAUUUUAGAAGUUUACGACCCGAUUGCAAAUUAAUACACUCAAAGUUUCCGGAGAAUAAAGAA